UUUAAAGAUAAGGGAAGGGAAGGGAAGAGAAGAAGAGAAAGAUGGAGAUGUCCUCAACUGCAGCAGUUCACUGCUGUCCGAUUCCCUCCGUCUCCAAGCCUCGACCCUCACCACUCUCUUCUCUCAUGCUACAAGCAAAAGGCUUCCUUCUCUCUUCCUUGGCUCCUUUGGGCCUUGCCAUAGUUCUUAGCUCUCCCUUGCCCUCCGUUGCAGCACUCCCUUAUCCUAAUCCUCAGUCUCCUCCUUCCUCACCUGCCACUCCCUACGCGCAGUCUCAGAAGCUGCAGCUAGGGCUAGAGAAUGGGAAGAUUAGAGCUUGUCCAUCCAUCAAUCCUGGUUGCGUCUCCACGAACCCGAACUCGUCGUCGUUUGCUUUUCCAUGGAUGAUCCCUGAUAAUUUCUCGGGAGAUGUCAUUCAGAGUUUGCGUGAUGCAAUCCUGAGAACACAGCGGAACGUUGAGUUCAAGGUAGACGAAGAAACACCUGACGGACAAAGCAGGGUGACAUACUUGACAUUGCAUUUAUCAGGGAACUAUAUACAAGCAGAGGUUGAUGGAGGAUUUGGACGUGAUGUAAUGGAGUUCCUGGUUAGAAAAGAUGUUGUUGCUUUUAGAUCAAUGGCAACAAAAGUCACAUAUAUUUACCCAUUCACAACAGCUUUAGGUGACUCCAAAGGACAAAUUGAACGAAUCAACAGAAUCAAGGAAGAAUUGGGUUGGUAUGCUCCCAAUUUUGAAUCCAUGGAUUAAACAGGUCAAUGGUGCAGCAAUCUCAUGCCAACUGCAAGAUGGAAAUGUUCAGAAACUUGGCAUUACCUCCACAAGUACUUGGAUCUUAAAACCUAUUCAAGAUGCCUCUAAAUUGCACACUUCGGCAUCCAAUUACAAGCUUUCCUACUGGAUCAUUGGAGGUUCAUUGUGAAAGACUUGUCCGCUUGAAGUUAUACCAGUAGCAGUAGCAACAGAUAAUUACAUAGAGAUCUGUGUGUGGCAGGUUUAAGACAUCAUAUGACAACAGUUCAUUGGUCUACAAAACUUGGGUUCAUUGUGUUUUAAGGUAUUCUUUUGCCACAUGGAUGGCUAGUAUUUCAAUCACAAAAAUGAAUCCUUUGCUUGUCAUGA